CCGCGCGAGGGCAGAGCCGGGAGCGCCGGGGCCGGCGGCACUGCGAGCCGCUGCCGCCAGGGGCCGCCCGCGCCCGGCGCUCAGCGCUGCGGCGGCGGUGCCGGCUGCGCCGCGGCGGAGCUGCCCGGGGGGCCGCGCUGGCCGCCCCGAGGGCGGCGGGGGGGCGGGCGGAGCCGCCGCCGGGGCCGGGCCCCCCCUGCCGCGGGGCCCCCCGCCCGGGCCCGGCGGAGCGCAGGGAUGACCUCCGAGGAUGCCCCAGGUGAAGCUGAUCGUCACCGGGGAUGACUUCGGCUAUUGUCCUCGGAGGAACCAAGGCAUCGUGGACUGUUUCCUGGCUGGAGCCGUGUCCAACGUGUCCCUCCUGGUCAAUGGAAGCGCGGCAGCAGAUGCAGCCCGGCUGGCGGGGAGAUACAACAUCCCAAUAGGCCUGCACGCCAACCUCUCUGAGGGCUCUCCUGUCUGUGAAGUGCUCAAGACAAACUCUUCUCUGCUUAACCAAGAUGGAUUCUUCCAUGGGAAAAUGGGAUUCAGAACAGCUUUAUCAAAAGGUCUCCUGAAAAUGUCAGAGGUGAAGCAGGAGCUAAGGGCACAGGUAGAGCUGUUCCGUGAGCUGACGGGCCACCUACCUCCUCACAUGGAUGGGCACCAACAUGUUCAUGUCCUACCAGAGGUCAGGCAUGUAUUUGCACAGGUGUUAGAAGAGUAUGGGAUUGAGUACACACGUAUCCCAAUAGAACCAGGCCUUCAUAAGUGUGACUGGAUUGCACCAUCUCUGAUGGACUUCUAUCGGGGAGUAGAAGACGACUCUCUUAACACAGUGGAUGUGUUUACAAGGCACGGAAUAAGGUGGCCUAACAUUUACAUAGGGUUGAGUACCAUGGGUAAGAACAUGUCUGUGAGUAAUAUCUGGAGUGCCAUUGACACGGCCAUUGGGGAUUUCACUUCCAAGGUGCCCUCACCCGCACACCCAGAUCCACAGAGCAAGACAGUAACAAUUGAACUGAUGGUGCAUCCAGGGUACCCGAGCGUCCCACCCAUCGGCGGCUGUGGGGAAGGACCAGACGAUUUCUCUCAGUCCUGGGAACGCCUGCACGAACUCCAGACUUUAAUCAAGCCAGAGCUGCAGAGCCACUACAAAACCAGGAACAUUCAGCUCUGCUCAUUUAAAGAUAUUUAAAUGAACAAGCAUACAUACAUACGUACGUUUGUACGCUGAAGAUAUGCCGUUGGUAAUAUCCCAGGAACCUAAACCGUUGUUACCACUGUUAGUAAUACUUCCUGAUACAGUUGAUGGGAGCUGUGAAUGGCUGGGAACAGCAUAAGGACUUUCAGGGAAGGAGAGCCACCUGGACCCUGUAAGCAUCUGUGGGCAGUAUCACAGAACAGCUAGUCCUAACUGGCAUUUUUUUAAGCCACGACAGCUGCUUUGAAUGUGACAAAUCUCUUCUGCAUCACCCCCUCACACACCAUUCCAGUGCAGCGGAGCAGCCAAGGCCUAACCAUCCUACCGGAUUUCAAUUCCGGCCAGCACAGUGGCAAGCAGCACGAACACACACUGACGUUAGACCAAGGAGCGCUUACAGCAGUUUGUGAUCUUUUCUUUGUGAGAAAACUACUCCCCUUAACUGCAAAAAGACGGGGUAAGGAGCAAAGGCCGCUCGCUCCCUGUAGAGUGCCCAGGGGAGGCCUGGCGACCUCCACUGUUAGUUUUUUUUUCUAAAGUACUUGGAUAGACAGUCCUGAUUUGGUGCUUGGUUACUCUCAUGUGCACACUUGCGCCUGCACAGUUAUGGCAAGGGGUGUGUUAUUUCAGACCAUUUCUCCGGUCAGAACAGUCAGAGCUGUUUUAGCCCGGUCUGCAGUCAUAUUCCAUGCAAGUCCUCAGCCAGAGGUUGGUAGUUCUAUUUACGUUGCCUCUUGGCAUUCAGCCAUCACAGGAAAGUAGCAUCAAUGACGGCCUUUUCAGAGAGGCUUUUUCUCUCUUUUUUUUUUUUUUUGGAUGACUUUGCAAGAACAGCAACUGUUGACCCAUCUGCUAUUUCAGUCACUGCUGCAUAUAACAGCUCACCAGCAACUGUUAAUGCACUGCCCACUGCCUUUCAUGACAAAUGCAUGGGAUGGCCAUGUACCUACCAUGAGUAAAUUUUCAAGCAUGGAGAAGGCCAUUUCCAUUUUUAUUCCCUGCAUGAAAGCAUUCAAAAUUCAACAAACCCUGGUAAUUUGCUGUAUUAAGGUUACAUUGCAGUUUCAUCCGUAGUCCUGUUUCAUUCACCUAUAACUUCCUCAGAGAAAAAAAAUCUUCCUUUAGAUUAUUCAUACUCACUGUCCUCUCAAAAGGGAUCUAUUUAAUGUCAUAUUUUUUAAUGUUAAAACUUCAAUAUGUCCAUCAUUCUUUUAAGUGAAGAAUAAACUCAGGCCUUUUUUUAUUGAAAUGCUUUAGGAGGCUCUUUGGCUUUUAAGUUUUAACUGCUAGGAGAACAAACUAAAGAACACGUAUGAGUAUCUGCUUCUACUGUGCAGCCUACAGAGUGCCGAAAGGACAGAUUUCUCCAUCGUUAUUGGGAGCCAUUCGACGUUUUCUCUAAAGCAAUUGAGGAACUUUUUGUUCUGUACAUACAUGAAAAACAUAACAUCGAGGUUGCUUUAUAUGGUAUUUUUUCAUGUUCUUCCCUAAAUUAUUGUCACAAAAUUAAUUCAACAUAGGAGAGAUAUAUAUAUUAUUUUAAACAAUGUCUCUAUCUACCAUGCUGUAUAGAUGAAACACAGAGCAGUUGAGUCAUAUUAAAAUCGUAGUUACCGUUUGGAAAGAUGCUUUCUGAAGCUUGUCUCAUCAGCGUUUCAUGGUAAAGGUUUCUGCCAUGUCAUAAACGAGAAUAAAAAACCCCCAAGAGAUUUUAGAACUGCAGCUGAUUAACAGACAAAGUGACCAAAGUUGCAGAGAUCAGUUAGACGUGUGAGUGCCAUCUAGUGACUGAUAUUUAUUCAUGUCCAGUAACAUGCCUGGCAGCAACGUGAAUUUCUAAUGCUAGAGCUCAGGUUUUUACAUUAUGUUACCACGUUUUGUUGGAUAAUUUUUAACCAUCUCUAACUCUUUUAAAUUACUCCAUGUUUAACUCAUGAAUUUGCUUUGCUCGCAAUCAUCAGGACGUUAUAUACCUGUUCCCUUCUAUUUGUAUGCAGUUUUACUUCAUUCACACUAACUAAACACUGAAAUCAACAUGAUGGCAGUCUUACCUGAGUUGGUUUUGUAUUGCAAACAGAAAUAAAUAUUUUGUAAAUUCUGUAUUUUUAAUGAAAAGCAUUAAAAAAAUUUUAAUUUCAAAAAAAUUAAAUGGGGAAAUGAAUAAAAAACUACUGAAAGACUUCUAAA